AUGGCGGCAGGACAGGCGAGCCCGAGUGGCUUCUCGUAUGCCCAAGCAGCGAAGGGACGGUCACCGGCGAUCGCGGCACAGACGCCUUCGAGCAAAAUGACCUCUGGUGCGGUAACACCUGCGACCAGUGCAUUCUCUGAGCUAUCACCAGGGGGAAACUGGGCGGAUGAUGUGGAGGCGAGUGCUACCGAGAAGAAAGUAGAGCCGUCUCCGGCAGUGCAGGAUGUGGCGAAGCCUACAGAGGUGAAGGACAGCGCAGUCGAGCGUGCCAAGACCGAAGAAAAAGCACAAAGUGCUCCAUCUGGCACCUCUUCACCGGACUUGAUGGCCUCGGUCAGCACAACGACCAAGGACGACGACUCGAGCGCUCCGACGACCGGAACAUCAUCAGAAACGACUUGGGAGACUAAGUCGCAAGUGUCGGAGCCAUCAUGGAUUGCGGAUCGUGAGAAGAGGCAGGCUGCUGCGUCUCAAGCGUCACAGAAAAGUGACACCACUGUGAAAGCCGACAGUACGGCGAAGGGUGAGAAGAAAGCGCAGGAGCCAUCAUUACCGGCACCUACCCCACCAUCGUAUCAGCCUGCACCGCCACCCCCUGUGAAUAUCUGGGCAAAACGAGCAGAGGCGGCGAAAGCCAAAGCCGUCGCUCGGCCCGCGCCACCGAAAGUAGCAGCUAGCGCAGCACCUGUCGAAAUAUCUCAACCUAAGGAGAACCAACGACCACGCGAAGACUCGAGAAAGAAGUCAGCUUCAGUCAGCAAUGUCUCACGCAAUACUGAGUGCGUGACUCAACCAACGAGUGAGCCACGCAGGGCCGGCAAGACCGAUCAGGUUCGCAUCAACAAUCUAAUGCAGCAUGGCACGAAGUCGAACCCACGAGAAGCUGAGUCUCCGUUGACUACACGAAAUGGCGGCGUGACCCGCUCGAGUCUGCCAAACGUGACGACAGCUCAGCCACUGGUCAAGGACGAGGUUUCAUGGCCAACACCGGAUCUCGCCCAAGAUGCGGAUCGCAAAGACUCAGUAGGCGUUAGCAGUCCUGAAAAGCCAGGUGAGGAUGACGCGCAGAGCAGCAGGCGGAAGAAGCCGGAGUGGGAGAAGAUGGUUGUCACUCCUACCAUCAAGUGGGAGUCGCAGAACGCACGAGGUCAUGACGGACGGCGACCACCAGGCUCAGAGCGUGGGCGUGGUGGUAUCAGAGGUCGUGGUGGCCUUCGCGGUGGUGCUAAUGGUGCUGGAUCGAAUGAUCGAGCGCCACAGCGUGGCAGUAUGGACGAGAGCUCGAAUGUUACAGCAUCAGGGGGUCGUAACUCUGCGGAUCGUGAAGCCAUGCCGCCGCCGCCGAAGCCGAACCGUACUACUAGCGAAACUGCUGCUCGCCCGAUAGUCGAGCGUACUCCUGACCGUGCUGCUGAAGAGAUAGACGUGGCAGCUGCUCCGUCGAUCGCUGAGCAGCCGAAGGCAGAGAGCUCAACUUCCGAGCAAGCUGCGGCAACAAGUGACUGGGUUGCCGAUCAAUCGAGCAUGCCACGUACAGCAUCUCCUGCCAAGGUCAAUGGCGUGAACGGCGAAGUCCACGACGAGGAGAGCAUACCUGUGCACAUACCUCGCCGUACAUCUGUCGGCACGCAAACCACGAACGGCGCCGCAGGUGAGAACGAAUCUCGCGACGGGCCAACAUUUCGGCUUGUGCCGUCUAGCCAUAACAAGGAAAACAGAAGUUUCGAUAGCUACAAAGACGGCAAUUUCACUGGAACACCACGAGGCAAGGGCCGUGGCGGUCGUGGACGUGGUCGUGAGAACGCUCACACUCAUGCCUCGGGAUACUCCAACGGCGACUUCAUCCCUUCGUCUGGCUUCGGUAUUCCACCAUCUCCUUCGGCCUAUCACUCAAGUCGUGGGAACCAUUAUCCAUACCCGUCUCAGGGUGGACGUGGAGGAUGGUCUCGAGGUAACCCGCGAGCCCAGUCAAUACCAAUGAAUGACUACUAUGGUCGCUCUCAGAAUCCUUAUGGACCGCCGCAGCUUCAGCACGUCCAGAGCUAUGGUCCUCUAGGCUACGAUUACAAUGGAUAUCCAAUGACUGCAAUGCCGUACCAAGCCUCCAUGGAUACAUUAUACAUCAUGGGCAUGGUCAGCAUGCAGUUGGAGUACUAUUUCUCCAUCGACAAUCUCCUCAAAGAUUUGUUCUUGCGCAAGAACAUGGACUCCCAAGGUUUCGUCCUUCUCGACGUAGUGGCUAGCUUCAACCGCAUGAAGCAGCUCAACACGAACCGAGAUCUGCUGAAGGACGUCUGCAUGAACUCCGAGACUGUGGAGAUCCGCAUCGGCGAAGACGGCAAAGAGCGUUUACGGAGACGAGAGGGCUAUGAACGGUUUGUACUACCCACGAAUCAGCGCAAUCCUGGUGCAAAGAACGACGGGCCGAAGCAACUGCACUUAUUGGAGAGGCAUCACGCACCUGCUUUUGUUCCAGGCCCAUCUCGCGGUCCACAGUCUGCUGGCGCUCCCAGCAUGCAGCAGCAGCCGCCUUUCGCCCGCCGAUCAUAUGACGCUGGGUUCACACUGAACGGCAUGGCUCCACAAUUCAACAGCUACCCUUCUGGUUCCGAGGCGAUUAAUGGUGACGAUGCUCGUGGACGACCCGCGAAAUCUCCAAUGUAUGGUGACACGGUCUCACAAGCUAGCGAGGCUGUCACAAACGGUCCGACAGACCAGGAACCCGAUGCAUUUCCGGAUGACCAGGUCAGCUCCCUGACAGUCAUGGCGAAGGUCAAGCAGACCCCACCGCCACACGGUGCAGCCACUCGCACUUUCUCCAAUGGCUCGAUCGAUACUAGAAGCAUCUUUUCCGAGCUUGGAAAAUCGAAUGGAACACAGACGCCUCCCACUUCCAGUGACGAAUCACAGGCCAACGGGACUGACAGCGUAAGCGUGGACUCGAGCACCGUUCGUUCGCCUGAUUGUGGGCCAGCGCCGGAUAUGAUGAUCUACUGGUCGAAGGAUCAACAGGCUCCUAGCGAGACAGUGCCCAAGGAUCUGACAGUUGAGCCAUACGUUCAACUGCGGCAUAAAGCGCUCGACCAGCGCAGCCACGCCGCUACUGGCACAUGCCCAUACGACCUCGAUGUGCUAUACCAGUUCUGGUCGCACUUCCUUCUUCGCAACUUCAAUGCUGCCAUGUACAGCGAAUUCCAGCAUUACGCCACCGAAGACGCCAAAACCCGCCACAACACCAACGGACUACACAACCUCAUCAAGUUCUAUGACCAGGCCUUGCUCAGCAGCAACGCUAUCCGCGACCGAGUUGCCAAGGACUACGGCAAACUUGUCAGCGAGGAGCCGAAGGAGCUAGAGGGUGCGGCCUUCAAGCAGUUGCGUGCUGCAUGGCGCAACGGCGCUAUGAAUCUGAAGAACCGCAAGAAGUUGAUCGAUGUGCUCGACCCGUCUGUCCGGGCACGUCUGGAUCCUAUCAAUGGAGACGUCACUUCGCCGGUGUCUUAA